AUGCAAGAUGCUGACAAAAUCACAGUUCCCGCCGGCACUUUCUCCGCCCGGGGUACCCAGGUGAUCCCAGCCGAGUUUGUUAGUGCCCUGCCGGCGAUUGCCUUCCAGAUCCCCGAUAUCGCGGCCCUGGCAACGCUUCAGCUCAAGGCUCUCGAUUCCGGGCGGGACGUAGCCUGUAUCAGGUCCCAGGUGUCUAACGGCAAGACGGCCAACGUCCCAGCUGUGUCAUACGUGGCAGUUGGUGUCGCUGGCGCUGCCCUGGUCAUGACCGGUGUGACGGCUGUUGGGGCCGCUGUGGCCGGUGGAAGUGGCGCGGCGGCUGGAGGCAGCGCCGCGGGCGUUGGCACCAUCAGCCCUUCCUUCACCGAGGUCUUUGGCUGGUUUCAGGGCAUAGCCAUGAACGGCAUGCUGUCGGUCAACUACCCCCAGGUUUACCGCAGCUUCGUCAAGAACUUCGCCUUCUCGACCGGCCUGGUUCCCUGGACCGGCCUACAGACGUCCAUCGACCAGUUCCGCAACAUGACGGGCGGAAACCUGACGGCCGACAGCGUGGCCACCCUGCGCAACGCCACCCUGGUGUACCCGGACGGCUCCAUAUCCACGUCAGACAAGUCCCAGCCGUUGAAGCUGAAGCGCGCGCUCGACAGCAUUGUGACUCUCGCCGCGCGGCAGAUCGAGACCAGUGUUAACACCACUGCUCCUGCGGCUGGCCAGCCAGGCGCGGCUGUGCCCGCCCAGAUCCGACUGGCCGUCACGGGCAUCCAAGCCUAUGCGAGCGAGCUCGCCGUGCCAUCGGCCAACACCUUCAUGACGGUGCUGUUGAUCGUCGCCAUCGCCAUUGCUGCCAUCGCCGUCGGCAUCUUGCUGUUCAAGCUCAUCCUGGAAUUCUGGGCCCUCUUUGGCAACUUCCCCAAGUCCCUGGUCGGCUUCCGCAAGCACUACUGGGGCUCCAUUGCUCGAGCAAUCACGUCGCUGAUCCUGCUGCUCUAUGGUAUCUGGGUCCUGUACUGCAUCUUCCAGUUCACCCAUGGCGACUCGUGGGCGGCAAAGACAUUGGCCGGAAUCACCCUCGGCCUGUUCACGGGUGUCCUGGUCUUCUUCUCCUUCAAGAUUUGGUACACGGCGCGCCAGCUCAGGAACGUCGAGGGCGAUGCCAGCGGCCUCUAUGAGAAGAAGAACAUUUGGGUCAAGUACAGCAUGUUCUACGAGUCGUACAAGAAGGACUACUGGUGGAUUUUCGUGCCAACCAUCGUCUACCUGUUCGCCAAGGGCACGGUCAUCGCGGUGGGUGACGGCCACGGAUUGACGCAGACCAUAAGCCUGCUGGUCAUUGAGGGCGUCAUGCUUGUCCUCCUCAUAUGGAGCCGUCCCUACGAGCGCAAGUCGGGCAACGUUGUCAACGUCGCCAUCGCGGUCGUGCGUGUGCUUUCUGUGGUGGUCAUUCUGGUGUUUGUCCAGGAGUUUGGCAUCGCCCAGACGACACAGACGGUCGCCGGGGUGGUUCUCAUCGUCAUACAGUCGACCCUGACGGGUAUCCUGGCCAUCCUGAUCGCAUGGAACGCCAUCAGCGCCUGCUGCAAGGCGAACCCCCACCGCCAGCGGAGAAAGGAGCUUGAGAAAAUGCGCGACGUGGAUAACCUCACUCCCCUGGAUGCGCGCAACUCGCUUCUCAUUGACAGGACCAAGUCGAACCAGGACUCGUCAACCACUUUUGCCGUGGCCAACACUGUCGACGAGAAGAAAUCCAUGCCCCAGAUGUCGUACCCGGACAGAUACAGCAACGAUGCCGCCAACCCGUACGCCAACAGGAAGGCGCCGUCAGCCACUGACAGCUUCAAGGCGGACACUUUCAGGCCGCUCACGCCCAGCGCGCCGAUGGCGUACAACAACGAGGGCAAGGACACGCUUCUCUCGAGUGCUGCGCCGAUCGGCAGGGCGGAUUCGCGGCAGCCGACCCUUCCCGUGUUCAAUUCGGGGCCAGGAUACGGCCCCCCGCGGGAUAACAGCUUCACCCCAGCUCCCGGAUACGGUGGUGGCGGCUACAGCCAGGGGGCUUACGGGCAAUCCGGCUACAACCAAGGAGGAUACGGCUAUGGGGCGCCUCCCCGCGGCUACUAGUACUGAGCAUGCCAGGGAUGGGAACAACAUCCAAGAAAGAGUGUCGUUUACAAAUGCGGACUCGUUUGAUAGUGUGAGAUAGGAGAGGACCAAAAGGUUGAUGACCAAAGCCGGCUCACAAUCAACAAAUCGAUUCAGAAGACUCGAAGGCACUGACCGACGCGGUGUUGGUUCCGUUGAUGGCCUGUAUUUCUAUUUGCUUUUGUCUGCACAUACCCCGUUUUCUUUAUAGUAUCUAAAUAUCCACCCAGGUAGUCACCUAGUUUUCCUUACUUAUGACCCGAAUGCGGAGCUUGGUUCACUUUGUAUUUUCACCUUGGCCUAGGCAUUUUCUAUGCAAAUCCAAAUAAUAAUCUGCGAAACCCGAGUCUGACACAGA